AUGACCGACGAGAACAAGUCCGUGCCCGCCUCCCCGGUGGACCCCGCCUACGCGGAGGUCUCGACCCCCCAGAUCCACAACACGGUGCUCGAGCCGGAAGAGGCUGCAGCUCGCCUGCGCAUCAAGCCCACGUACAUCCUGUGGACGAGCGCCAUGCUCGCCUUCGUGCUGCCCCUGCAGUACGGUUGGUCGACGUCGCAGCUCAACCUUCGCAAGUUUAACAAUGUGCACGACUGCAAUGCCCGUCCGAUCGCUGAGGGCACGUGCAUCAUGUUCCCGGGCCACACCAAGUUCCAGUGGACCAUCGUCGUGAACGCAUGGAUUGUCGGUGGCAUGAUCGGUGCCGGCCUUGUCGGCAAGUUCGCUGAUCGCUUCGGUCGCAAGCAAGUCCUAGUGUACAACUGCGGCUUCAUCAUCGCUGGUGCUGUCAUCAUGGCUUCGGUGUCGAACCUGUGGGUGUUCGCAGUCGGCCGUCUGCUUGCUGGUAUUGCCUCUGGUGCGACGACGGGCAACGUCGGUGGCUACAUCAACGAGAUCUCGCCUCCCCACCUCCGUUCGCUUCUCGGCGCCGUCCUCCACAGUGGCAUCACUGUCGGUAUCCUCUUGGUCGCGACGACGUUCUUCUACAUGGACUUCCACAACGGCUGGCGUUACAUUGCUGCGUUCCCGAUCGUGCUGGCGGCCAUCUUCCUGAGCAUGUCGCCGUUCCUGAUGGUGGAGUCGCCUGUGUGGCUGCUGCUCAAGGGCCGUCGCCCGGAGGCUGAGGCUAUGCAGUCGAGCACGUGGAGCGAGACGGGCAACGAGGUCGUCCGCAGCGGCAAGGGUGUGCCCUUCUCGGAGCUGAUCGCGCCUCCGCUCCGUCGCCAGUUCAUCAUCGCUAUUGGUGUUGCGUGCAUGCAGAAGAUCACGGGUAUCAACACGGUGUUCUACUACUCGUCGGACCUGUUCAACCAGGCCGGUCUGAGCAACGCUCGCGUCAGCACCAUCAUCAUCGACAUUGUCAACAUGCUGCCGACGUUGGUCUCGGGUUUCUUCGCUGCUCGCUUCGGCAACCGUCGCAUGCUGCUGAGCGGUCUUGCCGGCAUGUUCAUCAGCGCUAUCGGCGUGACGCUGUCGCUGUCGUUCAGCUGGUCGGCGCUGUCGAUUCUGUUCAUCGCGACGUACGUGGGCUCUUUCGGUGUGAGUCUUGGCCCCCUGAUGUACGUGGUCAUUGCCGACAUCUUCCCCGACUACGCGCGUGCCACCGUCACCUCCAUCGGUGUUAUGGUUGCCUGGACGGCCAACCUGAUCGUCGGUGUUGGAUACCCGUACAUUUCGAGCGCUCUCGAGGACUUGGCCUACCUCCCGUUCGUGGUGCUGCUGGCCAUCUCGUUCGUGUUCGUGUUCUUCCUGCUCCCGGAGACGUCGGGCAAGACGAACGACGAGAUCCAGAACGAGUUCCGCGCCAUUCGCCAGAAGAAGCGCCGCGCGGCCGCCGGAAACUAG